UUACUAAACUCUUGAUCCAAAUCAGACUCGCUCCGCAACUCGCACCUCGCGCAAGCUUCCCACCUGCCGACGGCAUGUCAGCAUGCCUUACCGCCGGCGGCGGAGGAAGCGCAAUUUCCCGUACCCAGCGAGCGCGAACCUCGCCUUCUGGCCCCCGAAUGCCGAUAUGGCACUUGCGCUGGCCGCUGGCGGUGCUGGCAGUCGACGGAAGGACGGGACCUCAGUUGUUCGACGAAAUGUCUGGACGGCCGCGCCGCGCCACGCCACGCCAUGCUAUGGGCUAUCCUCAAACCGCCUCCGCCUCUCCUAUAUCCUGAACCCAACGGCGUCGUCGCCUCUUCCCUCCAGAAACAAACUCGCAAACCAAGAACCCGCCUCCACCGGACCAUCGCGUCCUCCUCCUUCCCUGAAGCAAGAGGCGAGGCAAGGCGCCGAGAGGGACAGGCGCCAUGUCGGAUGGAUCUUCCUCGCCGCCAGCCUCGCCUGAUCCACAGCGUUCCCCGAGGGUGCCGUCAUCCAAAGAGGAGAAGCUGCUCCGCGCCGUUGAGAGGGCAAUAGCAAGGAGCUACGCGGCCAAGCAGCCGGCCAAGCAAGCGGCCACCGCCAAUGUCUCGCCGUGGAGGCGUCUGUUCAGGAAGGUGAUCAAGGAGAUCAAGAAUGGCCCUGCCACCUCCAAGACCGCUUCCGCGCUGCCUCCGGCGCUGCCAAGAACGCAGCAAGAAGAGCGGGAGCGCCCCAAGAAGGGUACCGACGUCCCGGCUGGGGACUCGAGCUCCGUGUCCUGGCAUCCGUCGGAAGCAGGCGCCGAGGGAGACGGCGUGCAGGUGGUGCAAGCCACUGUUCUGGACAGGCCUGGUUAUGCGGAGAUGAUGAAAUCCGCGUUAGCGAGAAUUCAGGUUGGCGAAGCUGGCGGGGCUGAGGCCUUCGCUGAGAUGGAGCAGGCGUUGAAGGGCCUCAUGGAUGUCUCGUUCAAAGCGAAGGAACCCGUGUUGCCUGCUGAGUUCAAGACCGAAUGGACUUGUGCUAAUGAAAAUUGGUUGCAGAUGGAUAUUAUUGCUGAUCCGCUAAUCCUGACGUCUGGACAUUCCGUUGACAGAUUCUCCCACCAGUUGUCCUCUACUCAUCCUAGCGAACGUUUACUCACGAUCCCAAAUCACCUCCUCCGCGAUGUCAUAACAGCAUGGUGCCUUGAUCACGCAAUUCCUCCUCCAUCCGCUACUUCUACCUCAGUUGCCAGUGAAGACGCACUACCUUCAGAGGAAGAAAUGCAGCUGCUACUUGAGAACCUAUCUGUGCAGUCAGUAGAGCAGCAGCAGCAGGGUCUGCACAAGAUCCAGCUAUUAUCAACAUUCUCCAAAGGCGUAAAUCCCUGCCUCGAUCAGUGGCAGGAUCUGCUUCCCAAGCUGAUGGGUCUACACAAGAAGUGGAAGUCAACGUGGACCAGGGACCUGGAGGAAAAGAGGGUGACAAUAAUGCUGAACCUGUCUCUCCACCGUCCGAACCGGGAGAUCCUCGCUAAGCAAAAGCAACUUCCAGAAACACUAAUGGAAACCAUUGAAAGGGCACGUAAGCUUGGAUAUCCAUUAACAGUAACAUCCAAGGUAUCUUCUUUAGUCGCCAUACUGUCAGAGUAUAACACUUUCAGGAGAAAGGUUGUCGAGAUAGGUGGAAUUGAGAUGCUUGGUUUGCUGCUGCGCUCAAAGGAUGCCCUGCUAAGGAAUGAGGCCAGUGCUGCGAUCCUCGCGCUCUGCACAGAUGAUGCUACAGCACUGAGCCAUGUGCCUAAUGCCUCGCUAGUGGAGUGCCUUUCAGAUGGCGUGGUCACUGACGAGAGCUUGCUGCUGCUUGAGCGUACUUUACAUCGUGAAUCUGUUCGAGAUUGGAUAGUUUCAAGUGUUGCAGUUCUGAUGAAAGUCAUCACCAAGCAUGGAGUAGGGUAUGUCACCUCCAGGGGCAUUCAAACUGCGGUUGGUCUGAUUUACCAUGCUGUUCAGGAGGAGGAAGGCAGGGGCAGGCUGGAGACGGCACUGAUAUUGCCAGACUUUGUUGAGGUUUUGAGAAACUUAAAAACAAAGGAAAUGCCACCGGAGAGAGUCUUUGAGAUUGACAGUAUACUCAUGAUAGCAUUUGCCCUCGCAGAUUAAACUCAUGUCUGUUUGAGGAAUGCGCAUUACCGAGGAACCAUGAACUACCUGCCGUGAGGAUGAUAGUGCAAUUAGAACCCUUCUCUGCUCUGCUAACAGUGCAAUCAGAAACCUUCUCAGCUCUGCAAACUUUCCUGCAAAAUUGCAAAUGAUCACGUUUGGAUACUGUAAAGUAUCAUAUUGUUGUAAAGUUUGUGUCAUUUGGAAUACUGCAUAUACAAGUUGAUCAUGUAUUCGAGUUUAGUCCU